CCAUUUAGUCGGGAGAGAGUCGUGAGUUAAAUUCGGCUGAGUGUAACCUAGGUUAUACGCCUCACGUGACCCCAUCAAUCUCGCAGCUCCUAGAUUUCGACCCUGACCCCGUUCCAAGUUCUGGUAAGUUUGUGUGUACAAACAUGGCGCACUCUGCAGCAGCCAGGUGUGCAGGUGUGUCCCGUUUGUUACCGUGGCAGUGUCGGCCACGAGCUCACCUGUCCACAACAGCGUUUCAUCUGAGCAGCGAGAAGAACAACAGGACGACAUCAGAACCGCUCAGCAGGCGGCUGAAGGAUGAGGCAAACACAGUGAUCAUAGGGGGCGGGGUGGUCGGGACGGGACUGGCCUACUGUCUGGCUAAGGCAGGACAGAAGGACGUUGUGCUGCUGGAGAAGACAGAGUUAACCGCUGGUUCAACAUGGCACGCCGCUGGACUCACCACGUACUACAACCCGGGCAUCAACAUGAAGAAAGUCCACUGGGAGAGCUUCAAGGUAUUCAAAGAGGUGGAGCGAGAAACUGGUCAGGAUGUGGGUUUCCACGGCCCGGGAACCAUCAGACUGGCCUCCACUCCUGAGCGGGUGGACGAGUUCCGGUACCAGAUGCAGCGGCAGGGCUGGCACGACGCGCCGCAAUGGCUACUGACUCCGGAGGAAGUACAUGAGAUGCACCCGCUGCUAAACAUAGACAAGGUUCUGAUGGGCCUGCACAACCCCGGGGAUGGCCACAUCGACCCCUACUCACUCACCCAGGCCUACGCCAUCGGUGCCCGGAUGUAUGGAGCGGAUGUCUAUCAACAGACAGGAGUGACUGGGAUGAGCAUGCGCCGUGAUGGCAGCUGGAAUGUGGACACGCAGCACGGCACCAUCCAUGCACAGAAAGUAGUCAACGCUGCAGGAUUUUGGGCUCAUGAGAUCGGCCAGCUGUGCGGUCUGGAGCUUCCUCUCGUCACCGUGCAGCACAUGUACGUGGUGACGGGACCGAUCCCCGAGGUGAAAGCCAGAAAGACGGAACUGCCCGUCAUCCGCGACCUGGAGGCGUCGUACUACGCGCGCCAGGAGCGGGACGGGCUUAUUAUCGGCCCGUACGAGAGAGCGGAGUUGAUGAAGAUGCAGAACCACUGGGUGAGCGACGGGGUUCCUCCAGGUUUUGGAAAAGAGCUGUUUGAGUCGGACCUGGACAGGAUCUCGGAGUACCUGGAGGCGGCUAUGGACAUGAUUCCGGCGGUCCGGAACGCGGACAUCACCCGGGACGUGUGCGGGCCCAUCACCUGCACACCCAACCACCUGCCGCUCAUCGGACCCUACAUGGCACCUGGGCUGCGCAACUACUGGCUGGCUGCAGGCGUCUUCGGCGGAGUGAUACACAGUGGAGGUUUGGGGAAAUACCUCACACACUGGAUCAUGAACGGGGAACCGCCCUACGACCUCACAGAGUUGGAUCCGAAUAGGUUUAGUGAAUCGUGGUGCAACAGGAACUUUGUUGCGGCAAGGUGUAGAGAAUCGUUCGGGUUCAACAACAUUAUCAUCUGGCCCAAGGACGAGCGUCCGGCCGGGCGACCCACGACUCGUGUGAGCGGCAUCUACCAGACUCUCCUGGACAAGGGUGCAGAGAUGGGCUUCCACUCCGGCUGGGAGCAGCCCAACUGGUUUGCUAAAGAAGGUGACACACCCGGCUAUCGUCCCAGCUUCAGGCGCACAAACUGGUUCCAUCCGGUCGGGAGGGAGUGUGAACUGGUUCUAUCCAGGGCCGGGGUCAUAGACCUGACACCAUUCGGAAAGUUCGAAGUCAGCGGUCCGGAUGCGGCGUCGCUGCUGGACUACCUGUUUGUUAACGAAUUACCACAGGUUGGGAGAACGCGCAUCAGCCAUAUGUUGACCACUAGUGGGGGCGUGUAUGCGGAGAUGACGGUUACCAGGCUCGGACAGGACCACUUCUUCCUCGUCACGGGAUCAGGCUCCGAGCUGCAUGAUCUCAGAUGGAUAGAGAAUCAUGUGUGGAAGGGCGGCUACGACGUCACCAUAGCUAACGUCACAGACGACAUGGGCGUGUUGGGGAUCGCGGGUCCUCGGUCCAGGGACGUCCUGGCCAAGUUGACCUCAGGUGACCUGAGCGAGGAGGGGUUCAAGUUCCUCAGCUGCCAGCAGCUCAGUCUGGGUGGGGUUCGCGUCAGAGCCGUUAGGAUAUCGUACACAGGUGAGCUGGGCUGGGAGCUGUACCACGCCAGAGAGGACACAGCCCGGCUGUACGAGGCCCUGAUGUCGGCAGGACAGGAGUUCGGGCUGGGGGACUUCGGCACCUACGCCAUGGGCUCCCUCAGGCUGGAGAAGGGCUUCAGGGGGUGGGGGGCUGAGAUGACAGUGGACAACAACCCUCUAGAAGCAGGUCUUGACUCCUUUAUUAAAAUGAACAAGCCUGCAGACUUUAUCGGUAAGCAGGCUCUGCAGCAGCUGCAGCAGGAGGGACUGACCCGGAAGCUGGUGUGUCUGACUGUGGAGGUGGAGGAGAACGGUCCUGAUGCUGAGGGCAACGAGACCAUCUGGCACCAGGGGAAGGUGGUUGGCUUCACGACGUCGGGAGCGUACGGUUACCAGGCGCAGAAAUCCCUGGCUCUCGCCUACGUCCCGCUGCAUCUCACUCAGCCGGGAACGGUGGUGGAGGUGGAGUUGCUAGGGAGCCGCCGCCCAGCAACGGUGCAGCAGGGACCGCUGGUCCAGAAGCCAUAGAUUCUUUGGCGUCCAUUUACGGCAAUGUUGAUCCGA